AUGAAGCUGUCGAGCGCCCUAUUCGUUUCGGCGGGCUUCCUUCGUGUCGCCUUCGCACAGACAUGGUGCGGCAAGAACUACAUGGCGAAUCAAACCGUUGUGCCUCCCGGCGGCCAAUUCGCCCUCCCGGCGUCCUCAGAGGAGCCUCUCCUCGCCCUCCGCUGCGCCCCUGCAUUCAGACCUUACCUUUCCGAAGACGCAACGAGCGCUGCUUUUGUCAUUGACACCACCGUGGUGUAUCAGUACAUCGCUGGCGCAGCACCCAUCACGCUCUCGAGCAACGCCAGUGCGACACUGAAGAGCUCGAGCAUUGGCACGCUCAACAUCACCAUCUCCGCGAACGGGACGAACUUGAUCACGACGCAGGUGCCGCUCAAUGCAGCAGGAUACGAAGUGCAAGCGAACCUGACUGCGCUCUCGGCGCAGCAGGCCGCGUACGAUCUCACGUGCUCGGCGACGUUCUCGGAGCCGUCGUCGAAUGAGGUGCAGAAGUUCGAGGCAAAGGGAGAGCUUCUGUACCUUCCUGACACGAAUGGAUCUGUGACGAAGACAGACUUGCGCACCGGUCUGUUAUGGGCGCGUCCAGCUAAUGGAUCGGGUGGCGCGUUUGCGCCCAUCAUGCCUAACGGCUUCUACGUUAACUUCGACGAGUACUUGUCGAACAACUUGUCUAUCAUCGGCGACCUCAAGAAGGAUGGGUUCAACACUAUUCACCCUAUCCCUCCGUUUACUAACACGACCGCGUUUGAGGAAAUGCUCAACCUCACUGUCGAGAAUGGCUUGUAUAUCACCUAUGACAUGCGGUCAUACUACCAAAACCUCACCGCCGUCUCCCAACUGGUCAACACCUACAAAUCCCUGCCGAAUCUCCUCACGUGGGAAACCGCACACGAGCCCGACGGCAACUCCGACCCGGUCGACGCUGCCCUCGCCGCGUAUGACCUCAUCUACGCGAUCGACGGCUACCACCCCGUUGGGAUAGUGCUCAACUGCGAGAACUACAACUUCUCGCCAUACGCAGAGGGCGCGGACAUCGUCCUCGAGGAUGCGUACCCGAUCGGGAUCAACGCGACAUGGUCUGUUGUCUGGGACACGCCGUGCACUCCCGACUUUGGGCACUGUGGGUGCGACAAUUGUCAGGGCACCCAGGACGAUAUCCGGGCGCGCGUGCAGACGUACAAGGACAGGCUCGCGAUACAGGGGUGGGAGCGGACGAAGUCUGUGUGGAGUGUGCCACAGGCAUUUGGGGACGGCGCGUAUUGGAGCACAAUCCCUUCCGGCCAAGAUUGGGCGACCAUGAUCAUGACUUCGCUCAACCAUGGCGCAUCUGGUAUCGUCUCGUAUCAGUACCCGACUACGACCGGCAACGUCUCUACCAUCGAAGGCACCGCGGCCGACCUCAACGGGCUGUUUGCUGCUAAUAUCGUGCCUUACCUCGCCGAUCCCAACGCAGUCUUCGGCGGGUACCAGUUUGACGGCGUCGACGUCGGCGUGUGGAACAACGGCACCGUCUACCUACUCAUGGCCCAGAACCUAAACAACGGCACGCAGCAGCCGUACGUACCUUUCGAGGCGGUGGGCCUCGGCGAGGUCAGCAACGCGACAACUCAGGUUCAGCGGGUGUUUUCGGUCAAUCAGAAGGUGAACAAUACGGGUUUGAACUUUUUGCCUAAGGGAAUUGGGUUUUACUAUGUUAACUUGGCUUCGACGACUCCUUCUAACUUGACUUCGGGUACCUGA